GUGGGAAACUGCACAAGUGAAUCAGAAUUCCUUCUACUUGGUCUCUCAGAUGAUCCAGAAGUGCAGCCCAUACUCUUUGGACUGUUCCUGUCCAUGUACCUGGUCACAGUGCUUGGGAACCUGUUCAUCAUCCUGGCUGUCAGCUCUGACUCCCACCUCCACACCCCCAUGUAUUUCUUCCUUUCCAACCUGUCCUUGGUUGACAUCUGCUUCAUCUCCAACACAGUCCCAAAGAUGCUGGUGAACAUCCAGGCAGAGAAGAAAGGCAUCUCCUACAUAGAGUGCCUGACUCAGGCAUAUUUUUUAAAUACUUUUGCUGGAAUGGAGAAUUUCCUCCUGACCAUCAUGGCCUAUGACCGUUUUGUGGCCAUCUGCCACCCCCUCAACUACACAGUCAUAAUGAAUUCCCUGUUCUGUGUCCUCCUGGUUCUGCUGUCUUGGCUUCUCAUGUUCUGGGUCUCUUUGAUGGACAUCCUACUGGUGAAGAGACUGACCUUCUCCACUAGUGCUGAAAUCCCACACUUCUUCUGUGGAAUGGCUCAACUCUUCCAGGUGGCGACUUCUGGUACGCUUUUCACCAAUAUCGUUCUCUAUGUGGGCACCACUGUGCUAGGUGUGUUUCCUAUGACUGGGAUUCUCUUCUCUUACUUUCAGAUUGUCUCUUCCUUAUUGAAGAUGUCCUCCUCUGUUGGCAAGUAUAAAGCAUUUUCCACCUGUGGGUCCCACCUCUGUGUGGUCGCCUUAUUCUAUGGAACAGGACUUGGGGUUUACCUCAGUUCUGCUGUGACCAUUUCUUCCCAGAGAACCAUGAUAGCCUCAGUGAUGUACACUGUGGUCACCCCCAUGCUGAACCCCUUCAUCUACAGCCUGAGGAACAAGGAUGUGAAGGGGGCCCUGGGGAGACUCCUCAGCAGAGCAGCCUCUGGCCCUUGA